AUGAGUUCUGUAGAGGAGAUCGACUCCUUGGCGGAGUCCAUGUACACCAAUCCAGACCCAGAGGCUCGUCGGCACGCGCAGGAGCGCCUCACUGCUCUCACCCAGGAGAAUGCAGACGUAGCCCCUCUCGAGGCUAUCUUUGCGCGAUCGAGUAAUCAGUAUGCGCUAAUGUUUGUGUCGCAGGGCAUCGUGACGUGGCUCAGAGCGAACCGCAAGUGGCUCUCCAACGAGCAGCGCUUUGAAGUGGUGGUAAACAUGUGUGGGACUUGUGUACAGCGGGUCAGUCUUGCCGGCGCCCCGCGGCACGUAACGCUGGCCCUCGUGAACGCGUACGCAAAGUUGACGAAGCUGUGCUUCGAGAAGGGCAUAUUUCUCAUAGAGGCGGUUGCUUUUGCGCUUCAGAUGCUGCACGACGCAUCAUCCUUGUACGCGAAGAGCGUGGCCCAGAACGGUGGAUGCGGCACGGCAGCUGGAUCGCACGGAAGCAUCAACGACAAGGCAAGCAUUGCGGGCUCCUCCAAUGGCGGCGCACCGUCCUCGUCAGCGAUGUGCGGCGGCGCAAGUAGCACCACUGCCAACAGUGGGGGAGGCAGUGCGGCUAGCAGCGACGGCAGCCCGCUUGGCUACGGCAUCAUUCGACACUCCCGCUUUGCCCCGACUGGGUACCGCAACGAAGAGGAGCGCCACACUGCCCACUACGUUUCCCUCUUGCUGCUCACCACCCUUGUUAAUGAGUUUAGCAAGUACGACUCAGCCAAGUCGCAGACAUACAUGAACUUCUCCACCCACCGCCGCUGCAGCAACAACUUCCGCGACGAGUGCAUGCUGGACAUCUUCGUCGCCAGCGUGGCCGAGUUGGAGGGCGUUAACGGCGCAUCUCUCAUGGCGCUGGAGGUGACAGAGUUUGUGAGGGACUGUCUCACGUACGACUUCAUGGCCAUCAUGGUGGAUGAGACCGAGGAGGCGCUAUCAGCCCAGUUCCCGAGCUUGUGGAAGGGGGUGCUGCUGGCGCCUCACACGUGGGACGUGUUGUGGGGACAGCACGCCACGCUGCCUUACCCCCAUUGCGCCACGCUGCUCACAGGUCUGACAAGCAUGUGCGGUGUCCGUCGCACCUUCUUUGAGUCAACCGAGGAGCGUGUUCAAUACCUGAACGGUGCCCUGACGCACCUCGUCCACACAAUGCAGCUCACCGAUGGGCGGCUGAAGGUGCCGCACUACGUGACAGUUCUGGCAGAGGCGUGCUACCGCUUCGUUUCCCCGUUUGGCUAUCGAGAUCUCCACCUCAGCUCUGUUUUUCAGUCGUGGGUGUCGGCAAUCCGUGCCGUGUCACUGGAUGUCUUCCGCAUACCAUUUGGCCAGUCCGGCUCCUUCACUACGGCGACAACCCUGCUCAAUUUCUGGAGUCGAUUGGCGACCUCGCGCCGCAUGUACAGCAUGUCGGAAGAGUCCGCAAAGGACCUGGAGCUCAUCUCGCCUGAGCUCGUCAUGUGCUUCUUCGAAUCCCGCGUGCAUGUGGGAGGUGGAAGUGGCCAGCAGGGAUCAUCGCACCGCGGCACGAACACCGCUAGCGGCGACCUGGAGGAGAUGGAGUACAGCAUGGAGUUGGAUGAGGAUUUUGAGGCCACGAUGGAGUCGAUUCUCGCGCAGUCGGACGCCGUGGCAACUCUCGCCCUGCUGGAACAUACAGAGGCGAUGAGGAUGCUGGCGAACUACGUCCACAGCGGUCUGGGGUCUAACGUCCUGACGAGCCCCAGCGCAACCACCUGGUUGUUCUACCUCGCUGGUGGGCUAGUGCGACAUGUGCUGAGUGCCGUUGAGGAGUCGGCGGUGGAGGCAUGCUCGAGCUUCUUCGUGUUCUGUGUGGAUUGCGCGAACCAUCGCCGCAGCGGCGUUGCUGCGAUGCCGUCGUCAUCUCUCUACAGCUCCUACGUGGAGCGGGCGCUCCUGCACUUCUUGACGAUGGUGCAGAGUGUGCUCAGCUCCUCGCGCCUGCACGAGGCGCUCAGCAUUGUUGUCACAAACGUAUUUCAGUCGCGCAUGGCGCUCUUCCAGUUCAUACUCAACAACAUAGGACACAAUCUCAUGCGCAAUGUCACGGGCAACCGCACCGCCGACGAGGAAACGGCGCACAUUAUCCGAGAGUCCAUCGAGCUCAUCCGCAACGCAUGCAUGGAUAUCCCGCACUCCAUGCUGGCAGAGCUGCACCUCGAGCUGCCUCCAGUGGUGGAGCUGCCACUCGUGCAGUCGUUCCAGACCUACAAACUGCGCACCAACCUCUCUGCAGUGUUGUGGCGGCUGUUCAGCGUGACGCCGUGCGUGCAGGCAAACCUGAAGGCGUUCCUUCAGCCGAUCGAGCUGUGCAUGCAGAGCACGCUCAGCGGCGGCAACGACGCGCUCUUCACGGCUGGCUGGAUGCGCGACCUGCGCGGCGUCGUGCUGGCGUUGCGAGACAGCGCGGAUGGGCUCAGUGACUUUGUUGAGUGGGUGUGCGACCACGCCAGCUCCUUUCACGAGGUACUGCACCGACCCGUGGCGCAGCACAGCAUUGUGAUAGUCUCCUUCCUGCGUUUCCUCGAAGAGCUCGUCUCGCAGAUGGGAGGUCGGUGUACGCUGCCGUGUUGCACUGCGCACAGCUCCUGCGGUCUCAUGCUCUUCAAGCACAUGUGCACCCUCAUGCAAAGCAUCAUCGAGCAGUGCAUCACGGACGAGCACAUUCAACACGUGAGCAGCAUCGGCGGUGGCGGUAUGGUGGAUGGGGCAUACGACAUGAUGCUGAAGCCGUUGGCGCUGUCUCUGAGUGUGCUGAGGAGGUCCAUCCAGGGCGGCUUUGUACCGCUCGGGGCCAUGGCCUUCUACCACGACGAGGCCUAUGACAACAUCCUCCUCGGCCUGCUUCGCAUGGUUGGCGUGUUUCCAUUUGUGUACUUUCGGGAGUACCCCAAGGUGCCCUACGCAGUUGUCAACAUGCUGCGCACGGUAACGGAGGAGUUUGCCUAUCGCCCCCUCAUGAGCCUCGACGCCGGCGAGCUGGAGAAGCUGAUCUCCUUCGUUGUGUACCUCUGCGAGGACGUCGACACACAGACCGGCACGCUGCUGCACGGACUGUCCUUCCUCAGCUUCAUUGCUGGCCUUAUUAGAGAGGUUAAGGCGCUUUCCACGCAGACGGUGUCGCCAGCGCUAGAGGCGCGUCCACACGGGACCCCACCACCGUCUCCGAUGCAGCUGCCCUCCUUCUACGCGAGCCCGUCUGGCCGUCUUUCGGGCACCCCAGGCAGCCUUGGUGGCCGCAGCGGCGGCGGUGCUGGCGGCCGCUCCGGCGGUGGCGCCUUGGCGCCACGGGCGACGCGACUGGCCAGGGAGGCGCUAGCCCGCACCCUCGAGCCGUUCAACUCGCUCUGGGAGCGACUUAUUUCGGUUGCAAUGAACGUUAUUGUGUGCCAAGACCGCGCCCUGAGCGUCAGUUGUGCGGUGGUGUACCCCAUCUUUGAGGUGCAUCCACCUUUCUGGUAUUCCUUCGUCGAGAACUUUGUGCGCACCUAUCCAGAACGGAAGCAGCCGAUGGUGCGCGAGGCGCUCUCGGCCCUAUCCCACGCCGCCGAGUCGCAGGACAAGUUCUUCUCUGAAGUGUUCACCUUCCGUCAGACAAUGCGCAAUCUCUGA